AUGCUCCAUAUCACUUCCGGUCUCGUCACCCUCCUUGCUGCGUCCACGUUCGUUGCGGCAGCUCGUCUGCGUGAUGGCCAAUAUAAGAUCUCUUACUCUCCCGCUCCAUGUGGCAUAGAGACCAAGCACUUUCUCCAUCUCACCGGACGUGCGGUCAACGCUACUUUCAACCCCAUUCCUGAGUCACAAGCACAGAUUUGGACUGUGACCACUAGUGCCACCGACUCCACAUGGCGUGAGAUUCAAAGUGAAACAUAUCGCGGAAUCUCUUUGGGAUACCCAACGGCCAAAAGUGAUAUCCGAGUCAGAGGAAUAGACGAAAAUUCCAAGGACUUUUAUUACUUCAACAUGGUUGACAAUGAAGGUCUAAAGGAAGGAUAUUACUAUGUAUUCCCGUAUACCUCCCGGGAUAUUGUUGUCAACGGCGAUUCUCGCAUUGAGUCCCGAAAUCGAUUUGCAAGUCCUGCUUACCUCCGUGGUAACAUAACCCAACUUCCGAUGCUUCCUUUGCUGUUCACCCCAGUCACCUCUGUGCAGGUCUCGGCUGAAGCUUAG